GGCAAGAAAUAGCUCAGACCUGGAUAAGGAAUACACUCAAGAAAGGAAAUGAAAACAGAGACAAAGCGGCAAGAGCUGAUUUUAAUCCACAAGAGAAGCGAAGUGAAACCAAAGAGGAAUUUCCCGGUUUUUCUCCUAUAGGAGGAAAAAAGAAAAAAAAGAAAAGAAGAAAGACCAGGCGGAGAGCUGAUGAUGAAGAUGAAUCCGAUACAGACAGUGUCUGUAGCACUCGAACUUGCCCCGAUAGCCUGGACUGCACGAUGAGCACCGUACAAUCCCCUUCAAAACUUCCAAGCAUAGACCGGUCAUCUUCAAAAGGCAAGCACCAGCAGCAGAAACCAUCGCCUGUGGUACAACGGCCUCCUCUUGCUCCAGCGCAUUCAGUAACGAACAAACCAGUCGCUCAAGUUAAACCCUUUACUGAGGGCGUGUCAAAAGCAGGAGUAAGCAUAGGCGCAACAGGCAACGGAAUUCGUAAAAGACCACGUCUUGUCUUUGGCGCCUACCGCCUUUGCAAGUACUACCACUUCCAGCAGCCUUGUUUUCAAGGGGAGAGGUGCUCCUAUGCACAUAGUGAAGAGGAACGAAGAGCAUGGGAAGCAGAAAGGAAGAGAGACAAUUAUACGGUCAAGACGACAAACGAAGAAUUUAUGACCAAAACACCCUACUUGUCACUUGAUGAAUGGCGCCAAGCUUUUAAGGGACUGGGCAGAGGACCUUUACGAAUGCCACCAAAAGGCGGAAGGUUUAGAAUAUGCGCCGGGUGGUCGAAAGGAAUUUGUAAAUUGGGAAAAGGUUGUACUUUUGCACACGGCCCACAGGAACUUGAAGCUUGGAAUAAACACGUGGAUAUGAUGGAAAAGAUAAUGGAAAACAAGAUCGAGGAGGAAAAAGAAAAUGAAAAGAAAAAUGAAGGCGAUGAAACUACAACGAAAACGAUUACUCAUUCACUGAUAAAAGAUGAUCGACCAGUUCGCACUUACAAGUUGAAGGAUCUCGUCACCAGACUUCCAGGAGUAUCAGUUGCGUGUGAGCCAAGUCUUCAAAAUGUGUCUUUACAAGUUCCACUGGAAAGUGAAGGAGAAAAAACUUAUAACUGGACUGUACGACUAUCUUAUGAGUCGAGUGAAACCGGGCAUCUGCAAGAUAUUGCUCUAUUGUGGAAGUUUCCUAAUUGUUACAGUUUCUCCAGUGUUACCUUCAAGUGCUCCAAAGGCCCAGUUACAGUGGGGAACGCUGUAGAGAAAAUCGAUGACUGUCAUUAUCAAGUACCACCAUAUUUACGUGAGUUCGACAGCGACUGUGAAAUGGAAGUAGCCCUCUCAUUCUCCACAUUCGUGUUUGGAAAUUUCAGACAAUAUGUGGUGUUCGAUUUUGGCCAAGAGCGUCACCUUGCCUUGGAGUUUUGUGUCGAAAUCGGCAGUCAGGAAUUUCUGAAAGAAUUCUGCGAGGAGAAGACAAAAAUUGCAUUGGAUGGGCCUUUCUGGGAUGACGGUUGCCGUACAAUUGUCCCUUUUGAGUCCAAAACCCCGUCAGUGUUCAAGAAUGAUUAUUUGACGGACUGGUACAAGUUACCUGUUGAUAGAGUCGAUGAUGUUGUACCCUGCCCUCUUCUUGACGAAUCACAAGGUCUAAGUGAGAAAAAUUACAAGGACAUCAUGCAUCAGUUGUUAUUUGUAGAGGAGUUUUACAUUCGCAAACAAGUUGCCAGAUUCAAUGUACAAGGAGCUAAUUUGCGUGCUGCAUCACUUAUUGUCAAGAAAGACGAAGUUCUGAGCGCCGAAGAAGGUUGGCUGUAUGGGUCCUUCCACGUGUUGCGCCCUAUAACACCCGACGACGCAGAUGGGCGACUCCUGCUCAGGAAUCUGUUCGGGAGCGCGGGGUCAGUGUUGAUAGCAAAACGCCAAUGCUCCCAGUCGAUGGUUUAUGAAGCUUUAGUGGACUCUGUGGAGGAAAGUCGCGUCAUUGUAAAGUUAUCUGUACAGUGUUGUGCAGAUCUGGGGCUGACAAAUAACAGUGACACUAUUGUGGACGUUCAGUUUCGGACCAAUCGACUUACGCUUUGUGAGAUGCACGACAACAUCGACAGACUGGGAUUAUCGCAUAUCAGAGUAGUGUUUCCCGCCUUUGGCAUAGUCGCCUUGGAAAAGAACCUUACCAUCCUGCCAUGGAUUCUCGAUCCCAGGUUAAACGAUGAUCAAAAAGAGGUCAUAAAGAAAAUAGCUUCGCCAUCGAGCAAGUCACCUCCGUUGGUGGUGUUUGGUCCAUUUGGAACAGGAAAAACAUUCACUCUGAAUCAAGCUGUUCGACAAAUUGCCAUAGAUUGCAACAACCGUGUACUUAUCUGCACCCAUUCAAACAGCGCGGCAGACAUACACGUAGAGCUUUUGGACGAAUACCUCCGUAAUAAUGGAAUGCUGGCUUGCAGACCUCUUAGGAUUUACACACCCUUGCGGAAGUUAUCAACUGUGUCUGCCACAGUGAAGGAGUACUGCCUCGUAACUGACGGAGCCUUUCGACUCCCAACUCGCAAUGACGUGAUGUACCACCGGGUCAUAAUAACAACUUUGGGAAUGUCACGAGCUCUGUUUGAUAUGGACCUCCAUCGGGGAAUUUUCUCUCACAUCUUAAUCGAUGAAGCGGCGCAAGCGCUAGAGACGGAAACGCUCGCGCCAAUCACACUAGCGGGUAAUAAUACCAAAGUGGUUUUCACCGGGGAUCACAUGCAGAUGAGCCCUGACGUAUUUUCUCCCCAAGCAAAGAAGUGGGGAUUCCAGAUGUCCCUACAAGAGAGGCUCUUCUACGACUACGUCAGACGUGGAAAGGAAACAACACAAAAUCCUAAUGUCAUCUAUCUAACAACGAACUACCGAUCAAACGAGCAAAUUCUUCAAUUCUCAUCCGACAUGUUUUACGGCAAGCUUUCUUGUGGUAGCAAUCAGCCCCUUCACCCUUACUUAGGUCCACUGGUGUUUUAUUCCGCUUUUGGCGAAGAGGAGAUGGCGGAGAACCAUUCGUCCUACCGUAAUUUGGCCGAGGUGAACGAGGUGGUGAAGCGAGUCAAAGAGCUUGUUGACUGCUGGCCUCAGCAAUGGGGCUCAACACCGGAUCCUAAACAAGUUGCUGUAAUUUCAUCAGAACGUUAUCAGGUAAAAACAAUUCGCGAUGGCCUUCGAAAAAUUGGUCUUGGCGAUGUUGACGUUGAAACCAUCGAAAAUGUGCAAGGAAAACAGUUCCGUGCACUUUUUGUCAGUGCAGUGCGAACCAAACACACUUGCAACGAGUUCAAAGGCUGUGCGGAUAACGAAAUCGCGAGGCCCUACCUGUCAUUUCUCUCGGAUCCUAAGCUUUUAAACACUGCACUUACCCGUGCCCAAUCCUUCAUCGCCGUGGUAGGCGAUCCUUUUUCACUAAGAACUAUUGGAGAUUGCCAGGGACUUUGGGAAGAGUUCAUCAAGAGAUGCAGUGACAGCGGAAACCUCUUUGGAAUAGAAUGCAGUGAACUUGAAGAAAGUAUUUCUCAAAUGGGACUUAACGUCAACGCUAGUGAAUUUGUCCCACGAUUCACCAGCCACACAAGUCCCCAACCUGAUAGUGAGACUUCAAACUAUCAGAUGGCAGCCUUGGAAGAUGUGACUUUCGAUGCUUCUUAUUCAACUCCACAGCUAAACGCACCAGAGCAUACAAUUUAUGAUGAAAAUUCUUCGCCCAAGGAAAUUACGCAUGAGAAUGUACCCACCCCUGGUAUCGGUAAGAUUCUAGAAGAUUGUGCCGAGGAUUGUAAGUAUGACCAACUGAAAACAUCAUCUCAAAACGAAGAAGACGACAGCGAAGUUGAAAGUAUUUCAGACUCUGAAGCUAUGUACGACAGAUCGAUUGGGAGUGACGAUAUUGAAAAUGGUGAUUUUGUCGAAGGAGGAAAUGUGCCAGAUGAAACUGUUCCCCCAAUGUACAUGGAUGACAUCACCCUUGCCAUCGAGGCUAAGUGUGUGGAGAAUGAAAAGAAACGAAAAUUGAAAGAAGAAAAAAUUCAACAGUCGAAAAGAGAACAGUUGAGGUUCUUCGCCUCAUCGAAGUACUAACCCACCAAAGAUAUCGGCAAUGAAAGUGUUCAUCGUGCUUUUGCAUCUAACAUGUACAACGCAAGAACCGAUCUACGUCUUAAAGACUUCACAGCCGUAACAAGGAAAGGCAAAACCCACAUUGUUUUGAGUAAUCCGACAAUCAAAUAUAGUGAACGUACAAAAAGGCUCAUCAAUCAGGUUGGAUUUGACGAUCAUGAGAGUCUUCAGGCUGAGUGUCUUGAACGUUUGCUGAAAGAGGAACCUGAGAAGUACCGCCGAUGUAGACUACGCAUAAGCUUCGCGAAAUCCAGAGUAUCCUAUGGAGAAAUUCAAGAUUUGGAGAGUGAAGAUAUCUUGAUUGAGGGAAGAAGCACUCGUCAGAGAUUCGAUGGAGACAUUGUAGCGGUGGAACUUAAGAAGGAGUCCGCGGAAAAAUCGUCUGUCGUGUUGGAGAGAAUCAUUGGAAAAAUAAAAGGUAGACUAUAUUGCCCGAUUAAUCCUCGCGAACGCCAAUUUGUGUGUACGAUCUCCAGGGACAACCCUUGGUUAAUGCUCCCCAUCAAUAAAUCGAUGACACCCAUUGCAAACUUAAAAGAUAGCUCUUGCAAAGGAAUUCCCAUUUACAACAGAGUGCAGCCAAGAGAAAGGGAGAGAGCAGUUCGGAUAAAAGAGAUUUCAAAAAGAGACGCAUUCAGUGGAAAAUUUCUCUUCGUGGUUCAAUAUUUGCAGUGGAGAAAAGAUUUCCCAUACCCACUUGGCAUUGCCACCAAGACUAUUAGAAAAGGAAGUGAUCUUAGCCGCGCUUACCAUGUGCUUGAGGCAGAAUACCAGUUGAGGAAAUCAUUUACCGAUGAGGUCUCCAGAGAAGCAGCAAGAUUCCAAGAUGAGUGGCAGGCAGUCCUUGAACGUGAAAAACAGCAACGCCAACCGGUGUUAAACGCAUUCACAAUUGACCCUCCCGGUAGUAAAGCUCUUGAUGACGCCUUGAGUGUUGAAGAGCUCAGUAAGGGUUUGUGCAGAGUAGGAGUACACAUUGCUGAUGUGUCCUACUUUGUGAGAGAAGGAAGUGGCAUCGACCUUGAAGCAAGGAAGAGGGGUACUUCUUACUUCCCUGGUCAUAGCCAUAGAGAUACUUUGAUGCUCCCGAGAGAGUUGAGCCACAGUCUUUGUAGUCUACUGCCAAACGAAGAACGCCUUGCUGUGUCUCUUUACUGGGAUUUGGACCAUAGUGGUCAUAUUCAUGGGGCCGCGGACCUUGAUCAUGAUGGUCGUGUGCAUGGGAGAGAGCUUAAUUUUACCCGCACAAUUGUAAAAUCGCGAUGUCGCUUGACGUACACCCAGGCACAAGCAAUCAUUACUGGCCAAGACAGUGUUCCACAAAACCGUGACAGUGAUGGAGAAGUGACAACCGAGAUCGAAGAAAGCAUAGUCAUGCUCAGCAGGUUAGCCCAAAACAGAAGAAAGCUGCGUCUUCGUGGCGGCUCUUUCUAUCGUUUCGACGAUAUAAACCGAGCUGAAGACUUCGAGGCUCAUGAGCUGGUUGAGGAAAUGAUGAUCCUGGCUAAUGAAUCUGUAGCCAGAUAUCUCAUUGGUCAAAGGAACGAGGAAUCAUUACCUUUGAGGAUUCAACUCCCCCCUAGGACUCAUAGACUGAACGAGUGGCAACAGAAGUUUGGAGAUUGUGCCAAGCUUUCACUCUCUCUACGUGAAUACUCACAUCGAGAUCAGCAUUGCGUAGAAACCUUCGUUCUACCAAAGUGUACUUGGAAUAAAAUUAGUUCUGCACGCCAAAACGAGAACGUCAGAAGGCUCACUAAUCUAAUUUGCAAUGAUCACAUCUAUCCGCAACUUGCAAUUGCACGUUCAUUUUUUAGAGGUCUUCAACGAAGAGCAGAAGAUUUAAAAGCGGCUGAAGUUCCAUCAGAUAAUAGAGUUCACUGGUCUUUGAAACUACAGGAAUACACUCGAUUCACCUCCCCAAUUCGUCGUUACCUUGAUAUCGAAGUUCAUCGGUUGUUACUAAGAAUGGCAGACCAAAAUACUGAGGCUGAAGAGACUUCUGUGCUUUUUCGUCGUUGCUCGUUUCUCUCUGAGAGAGCAAGUAGGUUUGAGAAAGAAUGUGGUCGUAUUCAAUUUGCUGCUAGUCUUAGGGAAGAGGGUUGCGGCGAGACGCCUGCUGUCAUUGAAGUCCUCACCCGGGAUAGUAUCCAGCUACAGCUACUAUCUGAAGCGAACAGCUAUCUGCCCUCAGGACAAAAGAGAGUUCAGAUCAGUCACUUGGGACCAAUUAAACAACCAGAGAUGGAUGAAUCAUUGCAAUGCCUCGAACUUAAGUGGAAACUCAGAAUUUAUGGUGCUUCCUCUGAGACUAUCAAGCAAGCGCUAGAGUGUGAGACUAAAGAGCAGCGUGAGGAACAUUUUAGCAAGGAAAGGGCCAAGAUUGCGUUAGAUGUAAGCUCAGAUAAUUCAAGUAUUUUACAUUACUGCAUUCCGAGCCACCUUUGGCUGAACGUCUCGAACGCCAUCGACAAUAACAAAGAAAACUUAGAGAAGUGUCUAGCAGACAUUGAUGCGGAAAUAAAAAAGAUAGAAGCUCAGACCAGAGAUGUAAACUUUAAUUACGAAAACUAUGAUAAUAAGAUAGAAAAUGAUAACCAUGUCGACGACGAUAAUGACCAUGGCAAAGAUGAUGACGACAACGACGACAAUGAUGAAGAUGAUGACGACGACGACGACAACGAUGAUGAAGGUGAUGACGAUGACGACGAAGAGUAUGAUGAUGAUGACGAAAGCGACGAGAACGACGAAGAUGACAGUGAUGCACAUUUUCAGAAAGUGUCCUUAAUGUUAAAGGUUUUUGACACUGUCAACAUACAACUGGCCGUAGACGACGUCAGAGGUUUGAUGUCACCGGAGAUUCAGCUUUUGAAGUUAGCACCGGGAAUUGAUGUUUGCCUUGAGCACAGAAAACGUCCAGACAGAUGCUUUGCAGAACUUGCCUCAGAUCACUCAUCAAAGCCAAAGUACAAGAGUAUCGCAAAGUAUAUUCAAGCUUGGGAACCCGUUCUGGCAAUGGAGGCUGCCACACAAGCAAUAACGAAUGAAGAUGUUAUCAUUCUUCAAAAUCUCACAAUAAAAUGGGAAAAAGCUGGGGGAAAAACUGUCGGCGAGUUUUUGCUUGAAAAGUCGUUCUGUAGAACAAGAUGUAUCGAAAUUUCAGGCGGUGAUUAUGCCUGUGUAAAGGUUCGCUUCCCAGUGUCAGUGUAUGCAGGGAGAUCUGAUACUUCAAAAUCCAUUACAGCCACUAAGCUUUGUAAAACUGAGAUUGAGGUGGAAGAAGAAGCGUACUCGGACAGUAAUGAUGACUCGAGCUUUCACACAGCAAGUGAAGGAGAAGAUGACAAGGAAGGUUCCACUUCUGAUGGCAAAGAAGGGAAAGACUUUGUUUGGGUUGGCCACUGCUCGAUCACGAAAGAGAAAGAUCAUGUGAGGCUUCACCUGAAACAACACUCCUUAAACAUUCCCUCAGGACUUCUGGAUGGAGAAGGGUGCAUCUGUACCCUGGAGAUAAUAAAGCAAGCUAUCAAUCACAGGCGAAUGAUGAAAGCUUUAACAAAUCUGGAAGGAAAAGUAGAGGAUGACUUAGUACACGACAUCUGCCUUGGAAAAAAAGGACAGCUGGGUGAAACUUCCACAAAACAACUACCGAGUGAGAACCUGUCCAUUGUUGGUCUGCGCAGAGACCAACCUCUGGCUGGUGAAAGAGCUUCAGAUCUGAACAUGGUCCAGCUUGCGGCUGUUAAAACAGCUUUACGAGGCCGUUUUACUUUGAUUCAAGGACCUCCCGGAACUGGAAAGACCAUAACAGGAGUUCAUAUUGCCUAUUGGUUCGGAGUAAUAAACGAAGACGACAAAAAUACGAAUGGUACUGUCCUCUACUGUGGACCCUCAAACAGAUCGGUAGAUGUUGUGGCAGAGUACUUGAUGAAGAUCAAAGGCCUUGAAUCAAAGAUCCUUCGAGUAUACGGCAAAGUCAUCGAACAAAAAAGAUUUCGAAUACCGGGCGAGGUAAGAUCAUCUCGAACGAUUGGCAGCAAGGACGAAAUGAGAGUACCUAAAAACUUGAGAGACAUCGCAUUACAUAACGUGAUCAGGGAGGAGGAAAAAUCACCGUUCGCGGAAGAACUGAAAGAGUUUAGAAGGAUGUUCGCACCAAUUAAGCAUAAAAAGCAGAAGAAGCAGAAGAAGCAGAAAAAGCAGAAAAAGCAGAUAGUGGAUGACGAAGCGGUCGAGAAAUAUCGUCAGCUGAUUAAGGAAGCUGAGCAAUGGGCAAUUAAUAAAUUCGGACGCAUCGUCCUUUGUACCUGUUCUGCGGCUGGAAGCAAAAGGAUGGAGCAAGUCUGUAAGAACGUCAAACAGUGCAUUGUAGACGAAUGUGGAAUGUGUCUAGAGCCAGAAACUCUCAUUCCAAUUGUGAGUUCAGGAUCGGUACAGCAAGUCGUUCUGAUUGGAGACCAUAGGCAGCUUCAACCAAUUGUAAAGAAUAGAGUGGCGAAGUCUCUUGGGCUGAGUACAUCCAUGUUUGAGCGAUAUGCCAAUCGGGCUAUUAUGCUGACGGAGCAGUACAGGAUGCAUCCCGAUAUUUGUGAAUUUCCUUCCGAGCAGUUUUACGGCGGGAAAUUAGUCACGUCAAAGUGCGUCACAGACAGACCAAGUUGGACCACGUUCGAUAGGAACUUUUUAAAUUUCUGGCCGUCGCAUAAAGGGGACAAUUACACACCCCUUGUGUUUUGUCACGUGGUUGGUAAGGAGGAGGAGCUUGUAGUGACAACUGAAGAGGGUAAUCAACGAUCAAAGAGUAACAUGAAGGAGAAGGACAAAGUGGUGAGUUGA